AUGCAUAUCUUGGUUUGUCAAUUGGAGCCUGACGUGUUGCUGGAAAUGCGGUCGAGGAUUUUGAUGAGAUUGACACCAGCUUCAGCCGACCACAUCGAAACAGACCCAUCGACCUACCUUGACAGCAAAUCGAUCAAGGACCAAAAAAUCAUGGAUAAGUUGAACCGUGUCACCGCGAAUGGACCUUUCUAUCACUCACCAAACCUGGAAGAGCCUCUUGAAUACCCCUUGAGCCAGGCAAAUGCCUCCCAUCACGAAGAUGCUCGGCUUUUCGCUGAGUGCGACACUUCCAGUUUUACCUCUGGUACUACCCUUCAAAGCUCUAUCACGCAAGCGAGCCAAGCUCAUAGACCCGCCUCAGAUCUUCCCAAUUUAGCUUUAACAUCGCACCUUCAACAUGACUCGAAUCCUCUAACAGAUCUCAGCCCCACUGCUGACUCAGAAUUCCUAUCCAUGGCCGGAUUGAAAGACUUCCUAUGCAUGAGUGAAAAUGAACCCAAUGGACCGGGCAAUAGUCAAUUUGAUACAUACCAUGAAGGACACAAGCCAUUCCUUCAAGAAUGCUAUGGCUUCUCGGAGAUGUCAUCCAGCCAAGCAUCAGCGUCCUGGCAUACUCCACCCGCUCCUCCUCCUUUCAGUCUGAAUGAUGUCGAGCCGAACGAGGUAUACGGACCCCAUUUUCUUGACCAAGCUCAGAUGUACGAUGAAAUGAAGGGAACCUUACUGCACGACUCGACUCAAGGUAGUACGGGGUCUUUGUUCCGAGGAGAGCAAGUGGACUCUGACCAAUACACCACCAUCUUCGAGGAUGACUACUUCAAUCUCACGACUUCUGCUCCAGCUAUGCCGACACAAUUUGACCACAUUUUGGAUGAGGACUGGGUAGUAUUACCAGACGCACAACCUACUACCACUACCAAUGCAGAUAAUUCUUCUUGGGACUUCGUAACUCCACAAGCGAACUUUGAAAGACAAUCGCACGGCCCCGCGAACCGAAGGGUGACUACCCCACCGGAGCAGAACGGCCUGCUCAACCUCAACGGCUUAAGCUCUAUCAAAAAUCGCAGCACGUCCUCCAUCCCAAUCCUACCCAAAGCAGAGCAUUCUUCAACUUCACAGUUCGGCUCUCCCCAAGCUGUAGGAAAUUUGCGUCAUGAUCAAUUUCCUGAUAUACGAUACCCACGACAAGGAACGACCACGACGUCUCAACAGACUCGAUCACGUACAGCAUCCUCACAACAGGACCAGCCCGCGAAAACGACCAGAAAGCCCUCACAGCUUCCACCAAGAAGGCGGGCUCUAGAGCCAGAGGAAAGAAAAGAAGUUGCAUUGAAACGCCGGCUCGGCCUCGUCUGCGACUACCAUAAAAGGGCAAAGACAAAGUGCGAUUGUCACACAGCUGCACUCCUACUAGCUCAGGCACAGGGUGAAGCGCUUGGGGCUUGCAGUCCGAAGUGCGGAAUUCUCUAA